AUGGCGCGAAUGCGGGAUCUCAUUCGGGACUCCAAGCUCGAAACGGAGUUUCUUCUAGACGAGACAGUCCACAGAUUCCAAGAGUCAGACCCAAUUUCUGGACGGCGCCUCGUGACCAGAUCGGAGCACUGGCGGCGACAGAAGAGGAUAGGAUUUGGUGGGUUCGGUAGCGUCUGGCUGGAGAUUUGUAACAAAGGUGGACGACAAGACCACAGGAACCAAGAUGGGAGGGCAGUCCGAGCAGUGAAGCAAAUUGAUAUAGAUAUGCAAUUUGGGUCGAUCGACUACAGUCGUGAGUUGGAAGCAAUUGCCAAAUUCUCUCAUUCUCGAUAUGAGAGAUGCUUUGUCAAGUCGUUCGGAUGGUAUGAAGCGCCCGGCCAGCUUUUCAUAGCAAUGGAGUACCUCGAGCUUGGCGAUCUGUUCACGUAUCUAUAUCGGAAGCCGCCAAUACCGCCAUUGUCAGAGAUGGAAGCGAAAGAACUUGCCUACCAGAUACUUGAGGGGGUGAAUAUGAUGCAUGAAAAUGGAUUUGCUCAUCGAGACCUAAAACCAAAUAACAUCUUAAUCAAAUCGCACCCUCCAAACGAGUGGUGGAUUAAGCUCGCAGACUUUGGUCUGACCAAACGUAUUGACGAAGCUUAUGGGCAAUCGACGAGAGCUUUUCAGGGCACCCCAAGAUAUUGUGCCCCUGAACUUUGGGGAUAUAUUGCCCGAGGCAGCGCAUACGCCACUGAUAUUUGGGUUCUUGGCGAAAUUGUAUCUGAGAUACUCACGAAGAAGCCAACGUUUACGAAUCCCGGUCAACUUUCCACUUACAUAAAUCAGCAACAAUUCCCAGUCGCUCAGCUUGCCACUGCUGGGAUCAAAUUUGCGUCAUGGAAUACCAAACCUUCGUCAAGAGGGCGGAGCCCUGUCGUAGGCCGUACCGACUCGGUCUUACCGCGAGUGGAGGAAAGAUCGAGGGCAAAACCACAGGUUCUCAAGAGCCACUCACAUGACGUUCAGACAGUGGCCUUCUCGCCUGACGACCGCAUGCUAGCGUCUGACUCCAAUAAUAAAGCAGCGCGGCUUUCGGAUCCUGCGAGCGCUUUGCUACAGCGGACUAUCAAGCAUUCAAGUGCAGUUUUCUCGGUGGCCUUUUCGCCCGACAGCCGGCUGCUGGCGUGUAGCUGCGAUGAUGGCACAGUACGGCUCUGGAAGACAGAAACGGGUGCGCUACAUCGGACUCUCAGGGUCAGUGCAUCUGUCAGCGCGGUGGAUUUCUCACCCGAUGGGCAAUUGCUCGCAUGUAUUGCUUUGUUGGGAUCUGUGCAUAUCUGGGACACGGCGACGGGAGCGCUACGCCAGACUCUUCAAGAUACUUGGUGUUCUAGCACGGUGGCCUUCUCUCGCGACGGCCGGUGCCUGGCAUCUGACCAUGGUAACAGCGUGCGUCUCCGGGACAUCGCAAAAAUAGAGCGGCCCUGGAACCGUAUGACGGGCACGCUAUACCAGACUCUCGAGGGCCAUUCUGGUAGUGUUCAGUCGGUAGUUUUCUCGCCUGACGGCUGGGCACUAGCGUCUGGCUCCCAUGACAGAACAGUGCGGGUUUGGGACACAGCGACGGGCGCACUACGUCAAAUUCUCAAGGGUCAUUCAGAUGGUGUUUACUCGGUGGCCUUCUCGCCCGAUGGCCGGCUGCUGGCGUCUAGCUCCCUUGAUAACACAGUGCGGCUCUGGGCGCUUUCCUAA